UUCGCAAUUUACCCACUCAGUCGACCCAAGCUCUUAGUCUAAAAGCGUUGACACACUUUGUAUAUAAAUAUAUGCAGCUGUGCAGUUAUCGUUCAUCUGCAUUGAAUAUAUCAAGUUUACAGAUUAUCUAUUGAAUAUAUCAAAUUUACAGAUUAUUUAUUCUCAUUGUUGUCAUUGUAAGGCCAUCGAAUGUUUGCCUUAUUCAACUUUCAAAGUUUAUUAGUUAUCUUAUUACUUGUAAUAUGUACAAGUGUUUACGUACGUCUAAUGAUACCAAACUUACUGGAUAAGAAUAAAAAAGGGAUUUUAGGAAUGUUUUGGAAAUUUUCUAGGAUCGGUGAGAGAAAAAGUCCUUACGUAGCUGCAUGUUGUCUACUAAUGUCCCUCAGCAUCCUAUUAUGGACAUAAAAUAGUAUACAUCUGACUAUUAGAAGCAAAAAUACGUUGGAGUUUUUGGAAACAUAGACAUAAUUAUUUUUGAUUAAAAUACACUUGUUUUUGUGAAUAAAGAAAAACAAUUUUAUGAAAGACAA